AUGGUAAACGUAUCAAAUAAAUUACAAGUGAAGCGAUCCUCUCAACAAAACAAAACAUUUCACCACAUCCGUAGACCAAACGUCGAAGAUUCUUCAUUCAACGACCAAAAAAUUGCAACAUAUCGCUCUUAUCAACCCAUAGCUAUAAAAUACCACAAGGCAAUAUACCCGAGGGUGGAAGAUCGAACCGACUACGAUAUUAAUUCUUAUGAGUCAGAGUACGGAGGUGUAGUAGUUUCUAACUUUACGUCUUCCAUUUACGAUGAUAAUCCACCUUUGUAUCCUAAUCCUGAAGUGCUGGCCAGGAGUAAUCCAGGCCAAUUGACUAAAUUUAUUGAAAAUAAAAUAUCGGAGCCCGAUGUAGAACUGCCAGACGAUUCUCUAGGAGAUGGUGACUUGAGAGAGCACAAUAUCAUCGAUAGUGUUACUUAUUUGUACGGAUAUAGCUCAUGCCACGGCGGAAGAAAUGAAUGGAUGGUCUUGAUUUUCAUCACCAGCGGCCUAGCAAUAAUAGCACCACUUGCCGCAAUUAUGUGGCUAAUGUGUAGUCAAUACGCUAAGGACUUUAGACAGAACAGCAAGAUAUAUCCGAUAGUAAUAAAUUUAUGUUGCUGUCUCGUGGCCUGUACUUUGAUUUACAUACAAGCUGUAGUGGGUGCUUCUUCACCUUCCCAAUGCGAAAGGAUCGCUCUAGUACUGCACUACACACACAUAUCGUGUGCGAUGUGGAUAGUUACGUUGGCAGCUGCUGUUGCAGAAUAUUGUGUUUGUGACACAUUGCUACCACUGAAAUAUAAUUAUCUAUUAGCUUAUGGGGUCCCCGCUAUCGUUGUUACAUUCAAUUACGCGUUGUCGAUGGAGCACUACGAAAUAAAGCACUACUGUUGGAUGUCAAUAGAAAAGGGCAUGGUAAUGGGUUUUAUGAUACCAGCCAUGAUAUUAAUAUUAAUAAACACAGCGAUAGUCAUUGUCGGCUUACAAAGCGUUAACAGGAAACAGUCAGAAAUGUUGACCACUAAAUUGCACGAACUAGUUGAACAUCAUUUGGCACGUUGGCCGAAAAUUGUAAGAGUUGAUGAGAAUACUAACGGCAGUGUUGAGACUCUGGAUAAUUUAUACACACCUAACAGCAGCAGAAAGAAUACUGAUAGUUCGGAUACGUUGGAAAAAGAAUUUAACUUCCACGAGGAUGAAUGUAACUACGUUAUCGUUGGUUCGUCUAGUAACGAUGUUAAUGGAGAGUGUGGAAAAGAGGGCAAUGAUCAUAUCAAUAAGAUGUCGGACAAAGGUCUAUUAAAUGUAAUUGACAUGGACAAUUUUUCUUGGAAAUGGACUUGGAACACAGAAGGGAAUGAAUUGAAGACGUAUCUUAACCUUUGUUUGAUAUUGGAGCCAUUUUUCGCUAUUAACUGGGUGAUGGGCGUUGUGGCGAUAGAAAAUGCCGCGCAUUGGUCUACUCCUACAAUUUAUCUGAUACUUAUCGUGUCUAUGCAUAUCUAUCUGGCUACUACUAUCUGUACGACUUUACCAAUAAUACCGAAAAAGGUAACGGCGUGUUGCGAUGAAGUCGUUACAGAAAAUCCAGCUUUGCCUCAAACUAGGACCACAGAUAACAUCCCGCUCCUGGACCCCGUCAUACAACAACCUAACGUAACCGUGGCUCCCGCUGACACUAUCAGCACUAUAAGUAUCUAAGACGAUCUGAGGAAUAGUCUGGAAUAUUCUAUUGAUGUGAAAUCAUCAGCGCGCUAAAAUGGCCGAAUUGAUUCUUACAUUUUAAAGUACUUUAUAAGUGUGGAACGUAAUGUUCCGAGUUGCCAAUUGUUUUGCAACAUUAAUAUCGACAAUGCCAGUAAGUCGACCACCUUAUUAGGCGACAUCUGGUUAUUGAUAAGAUAUAUUUUCAUCAAAAUAUUAUAUCGUAAGACGUUUAAACGAUUAAAAAUAUUUGAUAUUGA